GAUCAAUAGCAGUCUGUUACCUUCAGUACCAUGGAUUCUGAGUGUGACCAGGACAUGUCUCUUGAACAAAGAAUUACGAAGGAUCGAAACACCAGUAGAAAAUCUAAUCUUCAGCACAAGAAAUUUAGAAAAGGGGUCAUUUUUGGAUUUCCACUAUACCGUGUGGUGUUACUAUGCCUGACCCUACUCGACACUGCUCUGUUGAUAGCUGCAUUGGCCUUGGGCAUGUACUGUGCUAAAGUGAAAGAUUUCGAGCAGGCCUCCAAUUCUGCCCUUACCCCACUCAUCAUUGAGAGAGACUUUCUUCGUAACCAAACCAAUGUGAUCAAAGAGAAGUUGGCCACUCAGAUGGAGCUGGAGAAUCAACGCAGAGCUCACAUGCAGAUGAAGGUUCAACUCAAACAACUCCAGGCCAUCACUGACAGCCUACAAACUCACAUCCUGGCACUGAGAGCAGAGAAAACAUCACUGGAGGACAAGAGGACGCUAUUAGAGAGCAACUGUGGAAAAUGCCCUCGUGGAUGGAUUUCUUUCAAAACGUCAUGUUAUUAUUACUCUUUUUCUUUAUCCAACUCUAAAAAGAAUUGGUCCGACAGCAGGGCAGACUGUAUCAGGCAAGGAGGUGACCUGCUGGUGAUCAAUAACUUGGAUGAACAGAUAGCAAUCAACAAUAACUAUCCAAAAAUAACUGGUACUGGGCCUAUGUGGAAAAUGGGAUCCUGGAUUGGACUCACUGAUAUUGUGACAACUGGAGUGUGGGUCUGGGUGAAUAAUGCCACUGAAAACAAUACAAUGUACUGGCAAACAGAUGAGCACAGCAAUGAAGAAAGUCUGGGUAGACAUUGUGCUGCCUUUGGUCGCAAUAUUGUGUCUAGGAAAACAUGGUAUACUAGAAACUGUGAGAAUGAUGAGUUGAGCUGGAUAUGUGAGAUGGAGUCAAGGUAGAGAUGCGUGUAACAAUAAAAUAAGUAUAUCAAUGCUGA